AGAAACUACAGGUUUCUAUCAUACUUUUUUCGCUGCUGGUCAUCGAAAUGUGGCGCGUUCGACUAGCUGAACGACAUCGUCUGCUCCAUCGAAGCCGCAGAUCCAAGCAGCCAAGCGCUUGCUCCCGGUGCCCCAUGUCGACCCUCAUGCCCGCCCCGCGCGCCGCCGUCUGCGUUAUCGGCAAUGAAGUCCUCACCGGAAAGGUCCAGCAAACGAAUCAUUUUAUUCAGUCUUUCUAGAGUCCCUUUACUGCUUCUUCUUAAAUAUCUGUUUACCUUUUAUCUGUAGACGCUGGAUACCAACUCGCACUGGAUCUCCAAGUUCAUGUUCCGUCGGGGCAUCGACCUCAAGCGCGUCGUGGUGAUCCCCGAUGAGGAGGAGACAAUCGUGUCGACGGUGAGAGAUUUGUCGCAAAUGGUGGGCCCCAGUGGCUACGUGUUCACGACGGGAGGCAUCGGACCUACCCACGACGACAUCACCUACGAGAGUGUGGCAAAGGCUUUUGAUCGUGGUGUUGAGUAUCAUACAGCUACACUUAAAGGACUGGAAGAUGCUAUGGCGAACCGUGGAGGAGAAAUGACGGAGGGACGUAAGAGGAUGGCGAUGCUGCCUGCUGGAUGCCAGACGUUGACGACGGAGUUCUGGACGCCUAUCGCUGUUGUCGAGAACGUGUAUAUUUUACCUGGCAUCCCGUCGAUGGUGCGCUCGAUGCUCACGUCGAACGAAGAUCACUUCGUUGGUGUACCCAUCUUCCGCGCAAUCGUUAAAACCAUGAGGUUGGAAGGUGACAUUGCGACUCAGUUGACAGUGGUGCAGAACGCACACCCGAACAUCGCGAUCGGCAGCUACAUCAACCUAACGAAGGACGAGACAGGAGUGCGAGACACGAGCUUCAACACGCGCCUUUCAAUUGAAGGACGCAACGGAGCUGAAGUCAAGGAAGUUAGCGACGAACUCGCGAGUCUCUUCGAUGGCGAGCUCAUGGUUUCUUCCGACAAUUAAAUGCUCACGUCUUUGUGAAUAUCUGAUCUUAGAACCUGAAAAUUUACGUAACCCGAGACAAAUGUUGU